UUUACAGACAACACACCUCCUUCGUUCAACGGCACUUGUCCAAGGAACUUGGUAGAGUAUGUUCCUGAAUGUUCGUCGAGCAUUGUGGUCUCAUGGAAUGAACCAAUGGCGACCGAUAACUCUGGUCACGUGAUUAUCAAUCACCCCACGCUUCGGCCUCCGGUCAACCUAAGUAUCGGCCUUUACAGUCUUCAUUAUUCGGCGAAAGAUGGCGAAGGAAACAUUGUUAAUUGCACAUUUCUUGUACAAGUCGCAAGUAAGCCAUUUCUUCGUUGUUACAACAGUCAUCUAGCCUUCACUAAUGAUCUGGUUGUUAAAGGCACAGUUUAUUGCACUAUCGCAGAAAGCGGGAUUAGAUUUAUUAACAAAUCGACAGUAAUUUCCAUGGUGUAUUAUCUUAAAAACUUUUCAAAUGACGUCAAAAUGUUCAAAACUCAAGUGAAACUAUAAUCUGCAGGCGAGUGUUUUCACAGUUUACAAAGUUUGCAAAGUAUAAAAUAAUAUUAAUAGUUCCAUUUCCGACAAGUUUUUUUUUGGAAAACUGCAUGCGACAGAUCGAUAGAGAAAAACAAAUUGUGCCAGCAUUGUGUCAUUCCCGUGGUUUAUACUCUCAUAGCUCACCAACGAUUGGCGCGCUUGAAGUCGUUCAGUUAUUGUGAAGAUUCUGUGGACUCUUGAGGAUACUAAGUAGAUUUAGGGCUCUGCUCUUGUCUUCUACGUAGCAGCUGUUAUUACCGCAAGAUCUACUAAAUACACAGUUAAUUGUGCUGCUCUUACUAUUUGUGCACAGGAAGAUCCUGCCCAGUCCUUAAAGCUCCAAAAUAUGGCACCAUAGCCUCUCUUUUGUGUGGAUGGUUAUUUGGUUCCCAGGUCUUACUCUCCUGUAAUGUGGGAUAUCACCUGUUGGGAUCGGCCGUGAGAUCAUGUAAAGAAGAUGGUAGAUGGUCAGGCAACACAACUUCAUGCCAGAGUAAGAAAUCAACAUAG